AUAACAAAGGGAACCCGAUCUCAUUUUCUUGACACAGUGCCGCUACUCUCUCUCCCUCUGUUCGCGCGCGUGUUCAUAGCAGAUUUCAAUGGCACCGUUUCGGAGUGUUUCUGAUUCGAUGCCUCCGUCAACAACACCCGAAGUCAUAGAGAACGAUCUUCAGCCAUUCUUUGUUCUUCAUAAAGCUUCAUUCCGGAGAAAAGAUAGAGCACCAACAGCACAGGCAAAAUUGUGCAAGAGAAGUAAGUUAUCUUCAUCAUCACCUGAAAGUGUGAAGCAACUGGAAGGAAGCGUGACCAAAGAAUGUGAUCACCAUUUGUUUCAGCAACCGCAGAUUGAAGCUUUUGACAUUGUUUGGGCAAAGAUUGAAUGUACCAUUAAGGAUGUUUUAAGAGAUCUAAAUACUAGUGUAUUUCAUGAUAUUCAACAAUGGGUUCUGGAGUGCUUCAAUGCUACUAAGUUGCUUGGAGAACCUACUAUUUCUGAAGCAACUCGGUCUUUUCCUGUUCUAAAUAAUACUCCUGGGAAGCUGUUCACUGCGCUAGUCAGUACCAGAAACAUAGAGUACGUGGAUGAUAUAUUGACAUUUGAAGAGCUUGGCAAUUUCUUGAAAUCCCAUGGAUCCCAUGUGGCUAUGCUUUCAUCACUGGAAUUUUCAUUAAAAAAUGGGAUUGCUGGUUGCUUGAAAGCUUUAUUGCGAGAGUUUCUGGGGGGUGCUAUCGAUUCAGCUGAUAUAUCAAUCUUAGCAUCAUGGUAUAGAGAACAAGUCAACUACAAUAAACCACUGGUGCUGAUCAUUAAUGAUUUGGAGAGAUGUUGUGGAUCAGUCUUAACUGAUUUUAUCUUGAUGUUGAGUGAAUGGGUUGUUAAGGUACCAAUCAUCUUCAUAUUUGGAGUUGCAACGACAGUGGAUAUUCCCCGGAACAUUCUGUCAUCACAUGUUCUUGAGCGUUUGUGCCCCUCUAGGUUCAUGCUUGGAACACCAGCUGAGAGAAUGGAUGCAAUUGUUGAGGCCGUUCUUGUGAAACAUUGCUCCACGUUUAGUAUUAGUCAUAAAGUGGCAGUCUUCCUGAGAAACUACUUCAUCAACCAGGAUGGGACAGUAACAUCCAUUAUUAGAGCUUUGAAGGUAGCUUGCUUGCUACACUUCUCAAUGGAACCUCUAAGUCUCGUACAUGGGCGAAUGCUUGCUGAAGAUCAGAAAGAGGGAAAAUCUGCACUAUCACCUGAGACUAUGUUGAAAUACAUAGAUGAACUUCCUCUGUAUGCAAGGAAUCAAAUGGUUGAUCAUCAGACUAAAAAGAACAUGGCUGAGGGUUUGUCAGAUUUGGUGGCAAAGCAGAAGCUAUGGAGCACUGCAGUUCUGUGCCUAUAUGAAGCUGGAAAAUAUAGCAAAGUGCGACUAUUGGAUUUGUUUUGUGAAGCUCUCUGUCAAGAUUUGUACCUGUCAAGGGUUUCUGAUUGUCAUGUGGGGGGUGAAAAAGAUCGUGGUUUGUCCUCAACAAAUGAUCCCUGUCAACAAUAUUCCGUCAUGCAAAGCGGUGGUUUUAUUGGCCAGAUAGUACGAAAAGUGAGGGAUCUUCCUACAGGAGCGCUAUAUCAGUUGAUUGAGAGUUGGGAAAAGAUUACUGCAGAUAUUUCAGAGAUUCAUGAGAAAUUGGAAACGUUGCAAUCCUCAGUAAUAUGUGAAGAUGGAAAGAGUCCACGCAAGAGUUCCAAGGACAUUUACAAGAGAUCUGCGUCCAAGAUUUCAAUAAACAUUGACAAGGAUGCCAGAAUGUUAAAUUCACAAGCUAUCUCAUUUCUAGAUUGUAUAGUUAGAAAUUUUUUGAGGCCCAUCGAAGGCAUGCCUUUCCAUGAAAUUUUCUGCUUCAAGAAUGUUGAAAAGCUUCAAUUGGUUUUGAUUGGAGAUCCAAGAAGAAGAAUUCAAGUUGAUCUAUUGGAGUUCCAUAAGAUUUUAAAGUGCAGUUGCUGUAGCAAGAGUGGCAAUGCCCUAUUGCCAUCCAGGCACGAUUCUUCAAUUGUGUAUUCUCUGGCUCAAGAGCAUGGAGAUCUUAUCAAUAUUCAUGACUGGUUCCAAUCUUUUAGAUCAAUUGUUCUUCAACAUAAAAAUAAACGUAAACAAAAAGCAAAGCAGUCCCCCUCACCUAAGAAGAGAAAAGUUAUGAAUGGAUCUGCAGACCAAAACGAAUCAUCAAUUCAAGCACGCUUUUGUAGGGCAGUUACGGAGCUGCAGAUCACUGGACUGGUUAGAAUGCCCAGCAAGAGGCGCCGAGAUUUUGCUCAAAGAGUAGCAUUUGGACUUUGAAUACAAGAUUCACUGCUCUACUUUAAAAUGAACUAUAAAGAAUUAUCUGUCAUAAAAGAUAUUUUCCAAUUAUUUCUUAAAAGUGCUCUGUGCAUAUUAUAAAUAAGUUUCUUCACA